AAGGCCACGAAUUGAGCACCAGUCUAGUGUCAACAGCUUUGCUGCGGCGCUUUAUAAACGGGCUCAAAAAUGUAAACACGCCAGCACACAUCGCUUGGACAUCCUCGGCAGCAGUCAUCUUUGGAAGCUCUACGGAUUUGCGACGUUCAAACAGUUUGCGACUAAGCACGAUAUACCAACAUGGUGGACAGCGUAUACCGAACCCGUUCUCUGGGCGUGGCCGCUCAGGGCAUACCCGACCAGUACGCCGACGGCAAGGCGGCCAAGGUCUGGGAAUACUACAUCGGUAGUCGCACAGACAGGACGGAGAACUACAGGCAUUUCUUGGUGGACCUACUCAGGUCAAGAAAUUGCCACUACGUCCUCGAUGCAGCGUGUGGAACUGGCAUCGACUCUGUGAUGCUUCUGGAGGCAGGUUUCCGUGUCAUGAGUUGUGAUGCCUCCGAUAAGAUGGUCCUGCAUGCUUUCAGAGAGAGAUGGGCCCGCCGUAAAGAAGAAUGCUUUGACCACUGGGAAAUUGAGGUUGCCAAUUGGCUGACCCUGCCAGAAGACAUUCCUAGAGAGGGAGAGGGUUACGAUUCCAUCAUCUGCCUCGGCAACUCCUUCGCCCAUCUGCCGGACUUCGAGGGCACCCAGGAGAACCACCGCGCGGCCCUGGCCAACUUCGCCACCAUGCUCAAACCAGGCGGGAUUCUAAUCAUCGACCAUCGCAACUACGACUCUAUCAUAGACAUCGGCAGAGCACCCAUCAAGAACAUCUAUUACGUGGGUAAUUGCAUCAAAGACAUCCAGACAUCAGUGUUGUACGUCAACGGCCGGCCCUCCAUGGUGACGUUAGACUACUUCAUCUCCAUCGAUGAUCACAACAAUGAAGACAGCAAAAAACACAAGGAAAUUGACGGUGAAGUCUACAAGUUCCGUCUGUCUUACUAUCCUCACCGCCUGAAUGCUUUCACGGAACUCCUCAAGGAAGCCUUCGGUGAAAACAGCAAGCACACCGUGUAUGGGGACUUUCAGACUCUCAAGGAGGGCGACAACCCUUCUUACUACAUCCACGUCAUCCAAAAACCUAUCGAAUAGGUUUUUUCCCUAAUAACUAAGGAGUCAUUUUGUAUAGUUUACCAUUUUUUACAUUUUUUUUUGUAAAGAGGGAAGAAGGGCGCUGUAGCCCGAGACGAAGCCGAUGCGUCCAUUCUCUACAGUUAUCGAAAGAAACUGUGCUGCAACAAUGGCACCAAUGAUUCCCUUUCUUGGUGCAUGCAGUAAAAUCCAAAACAUGGGGCGGGGGAUUCCGGUGGUUCUGAAACCUGCCGCAGAUGGGGUCACGUUUUUCAGUGAGGAAAUUUCCUCAUGGGUAAUUCUCGAAAAAAGCAGACUGCGAGAGGAAACCGAGUUUUUAAAUCGACUUGAAAU